ACAAAACUAAAACACAAUAUGACAAGUUUUAGAAUUUUGGUGGUUCUAGCUAUGCUUCAAAUGAUAAAUAAGAUCAGUAAUGCAAGUCAUGUCAGUUCAAUUUCUCCAUCUCAUGGAUUGCUCUCCAUAAAUUCUGAUUCAUCAGAUUUAUCGCAAAAUAUCGAGAAUUUUUCAGGCAUGUUUUCUCCGUCAUCUUUAUCGAAUUCAAUUUCUACAACUGCCUAUGGUUAUGCAUCAGAAUCUUCGUCAAAUUCAAUUCUCACUCAACAAUCGACGACUACAUCAUUACUUUUGCCCAUUUCUACAUCUACUCCUGAACAACCAACCGAAUCCACAACAUCGCGUUUAACAAGUACAGCUGCUACAUUAGCGUUAUCUUCUACACUGACUCCGUUACCGUUAUUGGAUACAGUUCUUACUCAAUCUACGUCUCCCAAAUCUGUAUUAUUAAAGUUACCAAGUUCAAGUAUUACACCAUCUAUCUCACAUAUAAAUAACCUAAUAACUCUGCCGAGUUCAAAUCCUACUCUAGUUUCAUCAUCUACACCUACUUCAUUAGAGUCUACGAAUUUAUAUACUACAACAUCUUCUUCAAUUAAUGUACAUAGUUCAACUCCCAUUCUAUGCACAUCGGAACCAUUCAGCACAAUUCUUACUCCUGUGAUAUCCACUCCAUUAUAUUUAUCAGAGUCAACACAUAAUCUUGAUCAGCCCACUCAGCUAGCUAUUAAUUUAUAUUCAUCGAGUUCAUUUCCAACUGAAGUAUCUUCUCCUGUGUUGUCUUCAGUACCUUUAUUUAAUUCGAUUCCCAGUUCAGAACUGACUCUAGUACCAGAAUCAGCUUCAUAUUCAAUGCCUGAGAAUAAUCUAAGUCCCGCUUUACUAGAACUUUUUUUUAAAACUCAAAGCUUUAUCGGAAACCCAAUAAUAACUUAUUAUUCUGUUUUUUAAACACAAUUUCGUAAUAUUUUCUCAAUUUAUUCUAGUCUAACUUCCUUUUUUAUCGUCUAUUCGUUAGUGUUCUAAAAACCGUUUAUUAAUUGUAGUACU